UCAGGGACAGAAAGGCUCAUUUAAAGGGAAAUUCCGCUGAAAGGAACUCUGGUUUUAGUGCUGCUGCUUUCGGAAAUUGUGUAACAGAUGACGUAGCAGACGCAGUCGCGAUUUGUUGACGUCAGAGCCUGGGCCAUUUUGUAGUUUUCUUUACCGGAGAUAAGCUAAAACAAAUUAACUCGUAUUUGACCCUUAAAUAUAGAGUGACAGAUCUAUUUAAGAACUCAUGGUUACUUCUUUUACAUUCUACAUGUAUCUCCGUGUGACAGUUCUGACUAUUUAUCUUUAGUUCUAGUGAAUGUGGCCGUUUAGGCGUCAUGUAACCGUAGCCUAGCCUAGCCUAGCAUCAGGAUGUUUCAUCACAGCGCUGGGAGCAGCCGGACCGUCUAACCCCUCCGCCGCCGCUGCUGCUGCUGUGUUUGUCGGACAGGUUUCCUUCGGAGCUGGAGCUGCUUCCGACCCGCCUCCAUGUUGAACAUCCCCAGCCAGGCGUUCCCAGCGCCGGGCUCCCAGCAGAGGGUCGCCCCGUCCGGACAGUCCGGGAGAAACAAGGUGGCCCUGAAACCUGGACACAGUCUGAUGGACUGGAUCCGGUUCGCUAAGAGCGGGAAGGACCUGACAGGCCUGAGGGGGCGGCUGCUGGAGGUCACCCCAGAUGAGCUGCAGAGGCACAACCGGAGGGAGGACUGCUGGACCUGCAUACGAGGGAUGGUUUACAACGUGACGCCCUACAUGGACUACCAUCCGGGUGGAGAAGAGGAGCUGAUGAAGGCAGCAGGGAUAGACGGCACCGACCUCUUUGACCAGGUCCAUCGCUGGGUGAACUAUGAGUCCAUGUUGAAAGAGUGCCUGGUUGGACGAAUGGCCACUAAACCUGCAGCAGCCGCUAAAGCCUUGGCUCCGCCUCUAUCAAGCCUGGCCCCGCCCUCUGCAGGCCCUCCUCCACCCAACAAAGACUCACGGCCUCGGUACGACUGGUUCCAGACGGAUGCAGCCGUUCAUCUGGUGGUUUACGCCAAGAGAAAGAUCCCCAGCUCAGGAUGCGUGACCGUCGACCUCAGAGCGGGAGUUCUUCGGCUGGAAGCUCUGCUGGGGAAACUCUCCUACCUGAUACAUUUACGUCUCGCUGACGAAGUUGAAGAAAAUGUUUCAGUCCGCUCUGCUUCCUCCGUGGGGAAGAUCCAGGUCUCCAUUCCCAAAGGAAGCAAAGCUAAAUGGACGAGCCUGGGUCAGCCGCUGGACUCUCACAACACCUUUCUAUGCAAGAAGGACCGAGGGCUCGUCUAUCGGGAAUGUUCGCUGGUGUCUAAAACCCAGGUCAACUACAACACCCGGGUUUUCAGGCUGCAGUUUCCACGAGGGACCGUCAUGCAUGUGCCUGUAGGGAAACACGUCUACCUCAAAGCUGUGGUUGAAGGUGCUGAGGUGGUGAGGCCGUACACCCCAGUGGACCAGAGUCUGGUUGCUGCUUCGCCGCCGUCCUCCCAGGGGUCCGACCUCUACCUCAUGGUCAAAGUCUACCCUGAUGGCGUCCUCAGCCCGUACCUGGACAGCCUGCAGAUCGGUGAAAAUGUCUCGGUCAGCGGUCCGGAGGGUCCUUUCAGUCUCCGCCCCCUGCGUGAUGUCACUCACCUCUACCUGUUGGCAGCAGGGACAGGAUUCACGCCGAUGGCUCGUCUCAUCAGCCUGGCGCUGCGGGAAAGUGACUCCAUCAGCAAAAUACAGCUGCUGUUCUUCAACAAGAGGGAGGAGGAUGUGCUGUGGCGCCACCAGCUGGACGAUCUGGCAGCUAAAGAGGAACGCUUUCAGGUGGAGCACGUCCUCUCAGAGCCGUCUGACAGCUGGAGCGGCAGGAGGGGUCGGGUGGAUGAGGCCGCGCUGACGGCCUUCCUCCUCAGGCCGCAUGGAUCCAGAUGUUACGCUUGUGUUUGUGGUCCUUCUGGCUUCACAGAGCAAACCACCGGACUGUUGAAGCGGCUGGGCUUCAGCGAGGAGGAAUACCACGCCUUCCAGGGCUGACAAGCUCCGCCCCCCAGAGAGAAAAACAGAAGUCUUUUAUUUAUAACGACGGUUGUUGGAGGAUAAAGAGGCUGCAGGUCCGACCGCCGAGCUCCUACAGGCAGCGGGAACAUGGCCGCCUGCCGCUGAUGGAAACAGCAGCAUGACUUUCUGCUAAAAAGACUUUUCUAUAUAAAGAAAGAUGGUUUCUUCACAGCUGAUGUUUCUCCAGAUGUUGGUGCGAUUGUUCUUCGUCCUCUGGUGCUUCUGUCUAAUCAGGACUCUUUAAACUGUCUCAGGUCUCCUUAUUUAGUCGGGUUUCUAUUAAUAACUCUUUGCCUAAUAAAAGAAAAUGAACAUCU